CUCGAGCCUCUUAGAGGUGCUUCGACCAGUGAUUCGAAAUGCAUUUGACCCCGAAAGAGCUUGACAAGCUGGUGGUGUCGCAAGUCGGCCAGCUUGCACAGCGUAGAUUGGCACGCGGUGUCAAGCUGAACCACACUGAAGCGACGGCUUUGAUCGCAAGUGUUCUCCAAGAACUUAUCCGCGAUGGCAACCACUCGGUGGCAGAUCUCAUGUCGCUGGGCAAGACCAUCCUCGGCCGUCGCCAUGUCCUACCGCCUGUAGUCAGCUCUCUAGCUGAGCUUCAAGUCGAAGGAACCUUUCCCUCCGGCACCUACUUGGUCACCGUCCACCACCCUAUCAGCUCAGAUGACGGUGACCUCGAGAAAGCUCUAUAUGGAAGCUUCUUGCCCAUUCCCGAUAAGGACGUCUUCCCACACGCCGACCCCUCGGCAUACCUCCCCGAGAAACAACCUGGCGCAAUAAUACCCCUGAAGAACGGAAAGAUCGUCCUGAACAAGGACAGAAAGAGGAUACAAUUGAAGGUUGUCAGCAAGGGAGACCGUCCCAUUCAGGUCGGAUCCCAUUACCACUUUGUCGAGACAAACCCUCGCCUGGACUUUGACCGUGUCAAGGCCCUGGGAUACAGAUUGGAUAUUGCUGCUGGAACCUCUGUCCGUUUUGAGCCUGGUGACACCAAGACUGUCAAUCUUGUUCAGAUUGGCGGCAAUCAGGUCAUCAAGGGUGGCAAUGGUCUAGCUACUGGGUCCCUCCACGAUGCUAGAAUUGCCGAAUCUCUUGUUGAGAGACUGCAGCAAGGAGGUUUCCACCACACACCAGAGCCUGCUGGCGAUUCUGCUCAUCUUGACAUGUUUACUCUGGAGCGUGAAGCCUACAUCUCCAUGUUUGGUCCUACUACUGGUGAUCGUAUCCGUCUCGGUGCUACAGAUCUCUGGAUCAAGGUUGAGAAAGACUUUACACACUACGGUGAUGAGUGCACCUUCGGAGGUGGCAAGAGUAUUCGUGAUGGUAUGGGUCAAGCUUCUGGACGUUCAGAUAUUGACUGCCUGGACCUUGUCUUGACAAAUGCUCUAAUCGUCGACUACACCGGCAUCUACAAGGCCGAUAUCGGUGUCAAGAAUGGUAUUAUCGUAGGUGUCGGCAAAGCAGGUAAUCCAGAUGUUAUGGAAGGUGUAGAUCCCAACAUGGUUGUUGGCUCUAACACGGAUGUCGUUGCUGCUGAGAAGAAGAUUGUCACAUAUGGCGGCUUUGACAGUCACAUUCACUUCAUCUGUCCUCAACAAGCUCCCGAAUCGCUCGCCUCAGGUAUCACGACCAUCUUGGGCGGUGGUACUGGACCAAGCACUGGUUCCAACGCUACAACUUGCACGCCAAGCGCAUGGUUGAUUGAAAGUAUGCUUCAAGCUACUGACAUCAUACCACUCAAUGUCGGCAUUACUGGCAAAGGCAACGACAGCGAACCUGGACCGCUGCGCGAACAAGUUGAGGCUGGCGUUUGCGGUCUCAAACUGCACGAAGAUUGGGGCACUACUCCUAAGGUCAUCGACACUUGCUUGAGUGUUUGCGAUGAACACGACAUCCAGACUUUGAUCCAUACCGACACUUUAAACGAGUCCGGCUUCGUCGAGACCACUGUUGCGGCCUUCAAAGGGCGCACUAUCCAUAGUUAUCACACCGAAGGAGCAGGUGGUGGUCACGCACCCGACAUCAUCUCUGUCGUCGAGCAUGAGAAUGUUCUUCCUUCUAGUACCAACCCAACCAGACCUUACACCAACAACACUCUCGAUGAGCACUUGGACAUGCUCAUGGUGUGCCAUCACUUGUCACGAAACAUCCCUGAAGACGUCGCAUUUGCCGAGAGCCGUAUUCGCGCAGAGACAAUCGCCGCUGAGGAUGUGCUACACGAUCUCGGAGCCAUCAGUAUGAUGAGCUCAGACUCCCAAGCCAUGGGUCGCUGUGGAGAAGUCAUCCUCCGCACUUGGAAUACUGCACACAAGAACAAGACACAGCGAGGAUACCUAGCCGAAGAUGAAGGCACCGGUGCGGACAACUUCCGCGUCAAGCGCUACGUCUCAAAGUACACUAUCAACCCUGCAAUCGCACAGGGAAUGUCGCACAUCAUUGGCUCCAUCGAAGUCGGCAAACUGGCCGAUCUUGUUCUCUGGGAUCCUGCCAAGUUCGGUACUAAGCCUACUCAAGUGAUCAAGGGUGGUAUGGUCGCAUACAGUUUGAUGGGUGAUGCUAAUGCUAGUAUCCCUACCGUCGAACCUAUGAUGAUGAGACCCAUGUUUGGCGCAUCUGUUCCUCACAACAGUAUUGCGUUUGUCAGCAAGGCAGCACAAGCGAAGGGUGUGCGCAACAAGUGCGGUUUGAGAAAGAGAGUUGAAGCAGUCAAGAACUGCAGAAAUAUCGGCAAGUCGAACAUGAAGUUCAACGACGUCAAGCCAAAGAUGAAGGUUGAUGCUGAGAGCUAUACUGUCGAGGCGGACGGUAUGAUCUGUGAGGCCGAACCUGCCACCGAACUGCCUCUUACUCAGACAUACUAUGUAUACUGAGAUGUCGGGGAGAGCGGAGAUGUAUCGUGUUGAUGUUCUCGAAUGUACAGUCAUGAUUGAAAUGAGCCAUUUGCCUGGUUGCUAGCGUUCUAGUUCUCCUUAUCACCCUUAAUCUACUGACCAAUUCUUGCAAUCGACGCACUUUCUCGAGGAUUUUGCUGACUGUCAAGAGUAUGGGAUAUCGCGUGAAUGCAGAAUGGUUUUCGCCGCCUUGCUGCCCGACUGAUCUGGAGUAUUUCAUGACUCCAUCGUGACUCUUCGCUUCAGUGAUGGAAAAACGCGAAGGUUUGAGUAAGUUGCACUUGGUGACUCCUCCAACAGCCAUACAAAUAGAGAGACU